AUGACCGAGGUGCUGUGGCCGGCGGUCCCCAAUGGGACGGACGCUGCCUUCCUGGCCGGCCCGGGCUCGCCCUGGGGGAACAGCACAGUGGCCUCCACCGCCGCCGUCGCCUCUCCGUUCAAAUGCGCGCUGACCAAGACAGGCUUCCAGUUCUACUACCUGCCAGCUGUCUACAUCUUGGUGUUCAUUGUCGGCUUCCUGGGCAACAGCGUGGCCAUCUGGAUGUUCGUCUUCCACAUGAAGCCGUGGAGCGGCAUCUCCGUGUACAUGUUCAACUUGGCCUUGGCGGACUUCUUGUACGUGCUGACUCUGCCGGCGCUCAUCUUCUACUACUUCAAUAAGACCGACUGGAUCUUCGGGGAUGCCAUGUGCAAGCUGCAGAGGUUCAUCUUCCAUGUGAACCUCUAUGGCAGCAUCUUGUUCCUGACCUGCAUCAGCGCGCACCGGUACAGCGGUGUGGUGUACCCGCUCAAGUCCCUGGGCAGGCUGAAGAAGAAGAACGCAGUCUGUAUCAGCGUGCUGGUGUGGCUCAUCGUGGUGGUGGGGAUCUCCCCCAUCCUCUUCUAUUCCGGCACCGGGAUCCGGAAAAACAAAACCAUCACCUGCUAUGACACCACCUCAGACGAGUACCUGCGAAGUUAUUUCAUCUACAGCAUGUGCACGACCGUGGCCAUGUUCUGUGUUCCUUUGGUGCUGAUUUUGGGCUGUUACGGAUUAAUUGUGAGAGCUUUGAUUUACAAAGACCUGGACAAUUCGCCUCUGAGGAGGAAAUCCAUUUACCUGGUGAUUAUUGUACUGACUGUUUUUGCCGUGUCUUACAUCCCUUUCCACGUGAUGAAAACAAUGAAUUUGAGGGCCCGGCUGGAUUUUCAGACCCCAGAAAUGUGUGCUUUCAAUGACAGGGUUUAUGCCACUUAUCAGGUGACAAGAGGUCUAGCAAGUCUCAACAGUUGUGUGGACCCCAUUCUCUAUUUCUUGGCAGGAGAUACUUUCAGAAGGAGACUCUCCCGAGCCACCAGGAAAGCUUCCAGAAGAAGUGAGGCAAAUUUGCAGUCCAAGAGUGAAGACAUGACUCUCAAUAUUUUAUCCGAGUUCAAGCAGAAUGGAGAUACAAGCUUGUGAAGACGCAAGAAUCCCCAAGCACCCACUUUUAUA